UUUCACGAACAGAUGAAUUUAUCGGUAAUCACUGACAGUGUUUACAUAUUUAAAUUAAUGAAUCAUCAAAUGAAGUUAUAAACCGUGACAAAAGAGAACUGCUUUUAAAUUGCAUAACCAACAACAUCAUGCAACACUGAUCUGAGAACAUGAUUUUUCCGUAGUAAUGCAACUGCCAUAAAAAAAUAAGAUAAAUUAGAAACUAAAACUAAGCUAAAAACUUAACACUCAACUCUUUUAGACACACCGGGAAACUAAGCAUCUUCACCAAAAAAAAAACGGUCUUAUUUUAAUUUUUGCACUUUAGUUUAAAAAGCCAUAACAGCAGCUUUGAAUACGGCAGAAACUAUAAAUCGCAUUAUUAAAAAUUUUAACCUGUAAACUUGGUAUAACAGCAGAGAACCUGAAGUUUGGAUGAUCCCAAAUAUAACUAAGAAGUUAAGAGGUUUCAUUACUCCAUCGAAUCUACCAGCAGAUUACUGGAUGAUUGAGACUGUUUGACUGAUUAACUGCGCCGUCUCCUGGGAGGGGGCGCUCCGCCAUUAGGCUGAGGCCCGGUUUCAGGCUUCGCUUCUGGGCCCCAGUCCCACCACCAGUCCGAGGCUGUGGCCCAGGUACAGGCCGCACUCACCCGGACUCCGGUGUACCUACAGUCCCUCCCAGUUUGCCUUGUGCUAGGUGGAAUAAAAUGGCUCCCAAGAAGAAGAACGGAAUUCCAGAUCGAUGGGCAGACUAUCAGGCCUUGGGGAAAAGGAUUCCGGGAACACGCUUUGUUGCUUUCAAGGUUCCCUUGAAACGAUCCUUCAGAUCACUCUUGCCACUUACAAAGGCCUUUGGACCCCUAGACUUGGUCCAACAACUGCAGGAGCAGCAGCAGGAGCUCGGUCUUGUCAUUGAUCUCACGUACACAACACGUUACUAUACGCCAGAAGAUCUGCCGAACAGCAUACUUCAUGUGAAGAUUUUUACCGCAGGACACCAGGUGCCCAGUGAUCCAACCAUCCUUAGCUUCAAGCGAGCUGUCAGGUCCUUUCUUCGGGAAAAUGAAUCCAAUGAUAAGUUGAUUGGAGUACAUUGUACCCAUGGUUUAAAUCGCACAGGAUACAUGGUGUGCAGGUACCUUGUUGAUGUUGAAGGGAUGGAUCCUGCAGAAGCGAUUGAGUUGUUCAACCGGUCCAGGGGUCAUUGUAUAGAGAGGGAAAAUUACCUUCAAGAUUUGCAGCAUGGACCAAAGAGAAGCAACAAGGGCAUGGACAAACCGGAGCAGCAGCCCGUUCGUGGUAAAGCAGACCUCCAAGCCUGGCUCCCACCCCACAGCGAGCAAGGAGCUUUUGAUGACAGUCCAUACCACGACCACUACAUGCCUCUGCACCAAUGGGGAGGGCAGAAUCAGAUGCACUUCUACCCCUGUGACCUCCCAGUUCCUGUAUCCCCAUUCAAGAUGCAGCCCCCCAAGUUCUUCAGCAGCAAUCAACAUUGGGGGGCACCCUAUGGAGCUAGAUCUCCACCUGCUCCCCAGUUCAGUCCCUUUCCCAUUCAUCAGUAUGUUUGGCCAGGGCCUUCGGAUUGGAUUCCAGGGAGACCUCCAUACGGUCCACCAGAAGGCCCUCAUCACGGACCCAGGGGGCACCACAGGAAAUCUUACCGCAGACAAAAGAACAGGCCUUGAUGCAGGGGUGGGCCUUUACCCUUGUAUACCUUGGUCAGACAUAGAGUGGUCACAGUGGACACAAUUACAAUGCACCCCAUCUGUUAACUGCUUCACUUGCUGGGGAGGAAUGUGGUCCCACACUGGUGGGGGAGGGGAAUUACUUUGUGUGCCACUCCAUUUGCUUUUAACCAUGGCUUUAGGAACCUUUUAAUUUUAGAGUUGGAUUAAGUUGGUUUAAGUUUUAACCACUAAUUUUACCAGUUUUAAUAUUUGUGAAGGAAACCAAUUUUAAAUGUAGGGAUGUUUUUUGUGGGUGAAGCCAUUAAAUGUCAGAAAUGGCAUGGACUGAUUGAAAGCACAGAUGUAUGUUCUAAAUAUUCUGAUGAAGCAGGGAUGUUAUGCUUCUUACAUAAGUUAUGCUGGGACUUUAAUUUGUCUUUUAAGUGCCUGCUCCUGGUUUGCUUAACCAGUAUCUGAGAAAUUACCUCCUACCAUUCAGAAAAAAAAAAACUGGUGUGUUUUGACUAAUUAAAAAAAAAA